AUGCCUCGUAGCCCAGAAGAAUGCUGGUUCUUGAACGAGCGCGAACGAAUGAUUGCCACACAGCGACUUGUGCUGAAGGGAGGAGCCGAUGAGAACGAAAAGACUGAAGUACACCACGUGAAGCGGGCCGUGAUGAACAUCACAAACUACUUCUGUGCUUUUGGUUUCUUCUUCAUCAACAUCACUGUACAGGGUAUCUCCCUCUUCAUGCCCACUAUCCUCAGGGAUCUCGGAUGGACGGCCACAAAGGCACAACUCUACUCAGUACCUCCAUAUGUAUGUGCUUGCUUGAUCGCUAUCGCAAUAGCUUUCGCAUCAGACAAGACGAACCGCCGUGGUGUCUACCUCGCUGUCUUUACGCUCCCGGCUAUUGCGGGCUUCUCCAUCAUGCGAUGGGCGACCGACCCUAACGUCCGAUACGGCGGUAUCUUCUUGAUCACCAUUGGUGCAUUUCCCGGAGGUCCUGGCUUCCUUGCGUGGGCGGCGAACAAUGCGGCCGGCCCUGCUGUCCGCUCCGUCUCGACUGCUUACGUUGUCACACUGGGUACCGCUGGAGGUAUUCUCGCGACUUGGACCUACACAAGUGCUGACGCGCCACGAUACCCAAUCGGUCACACCAUCAACUUGGUUGGUCAGUGUUGCGUCUGUAUUCUCGCCAUAUUUGGUAUCUGCUACUGCAAGUGGGAGAACAAGCAGCGUGAUAUGGGCAGGCGAGACCACCGCUUGGUGGGCAAGACCGCUGCUCAGAUCAAGGAUCUCGGAUACAGACACCCUGAGUUCCGCUACAUGCACUAG